CACAGUGGAAUAUGUAUUAAGCAAAGGCUUGGGGAAGGUUUUAUUUUUGGAGUGGCUCUGAGAUUGCCCCUUCCAUUUGUAGGAAGGCUGCAGUAAAGAUCAAGAUGUGCCUUCCCAUCUCACAUUCAAGCCUGGGACCUGCUGACUGCAGCCUCUAAACCCUGACCACCACUCACUCAGUGAGUUAAUCACCUGUAUUGUGCAUUUCUAGGGGUUAAAAUGCUGAUGGCUGUCACUUUUACAAAUGUUAAUCAACAAGGACUGACCCCGCAGUAUCCACCCCCUCUGCUGCCCAAGCCAAGCAAGGACAAUGCCAGGCUUCAGAAACUACUAAAGAAAACAGCUAAGAAAAAGGCACCUCCACCAACAUCACAGACCCCCAUCCCCUUCCGCUCCAGUCUCUCUCCAGUGAGUGAAGCCAGUCCGGAUCUUGAGCACAGUGAACACUCCACACCGCCAAAGACACCCGAAACACCUGCAUAUGCUGCAUCCCUGCUACCCCCAAGGUUUUCAGUUAAACCUCUGGUUCAACAUGCAUCAUCUCCAUACCCAACUAAAAAAAUAUUUUCUUUCAGCAAGUCAGAGAGUUUGUCACCCCAGUUUUUUAACCAGGCGAGAAGUCCCUUAGCACAUACUGGUCAGUCUUACAAACAUACUCCACUGUCUACAAGUCAUGAAAGGAACAUUUUCAUUUUUCCACAGGAAACAGAAGUCCAGGAGACAGUACCACAGUCUCCAGUCCACCCACUGCAUGGGGAAAUCCACUCAGCUAGCAGCACAGUUCCCAAAGUUAUAACCCCUGGGGAAACAGCACCUACACAUAAGGCACAUCUUUUUGAUGUUUCUAGAGUCAAUUCUCAUGCUGUUAAAGCUACCAGUCAACCAUCACCUGCUGUUGAAGUUCCAAGAGCUAAAACACCUUUGUUUGAAGUUCCUCAAGUAAAGACAUUCACAUAUGAAGGUUAUCAAGCUAAAACACCAACAUUUGAGGCAGCUCCUGCUAAAACAACUGCAAGUCAAAUUUCUACAUCUUCACUUAAAACACCUUCUUAUGAAGUCACUACAUCCGAAACAUCUACGUAUGAAAUCCCUAUAGUUGAAAGAACUAAACAUGAAGUUCCUACAGCUAAAGCACUUUUACAUGAAGUACCUAGACCUAAAACACUAUCUCAUGGAACCUCUGCAGAUACAUCGUUUCAUUAUCAAGUUGUGACAGCUAAAACGCCUACAUAUGAAGUUUCAACAGUUACCACAACCUCAUAUGAAGUACCUAUAACUCGGCCACCUUUAUAUGAAUGGUCUAGGCCUAAAACCCCUCUAUACAAUGCACCCAGACAUAAAACACCUUUGUAUGGAAUAACUAUACCAGCAGUACCCUCAUGUGAAUGGUCUAGAUCUAAAACACCUUCUUAUGAAAUUCAGAGAUCUAAAACACCUACAUAUGACGUGCCCCUGCCUAAAACGUCCACAAAUGAAGUCACUGCAGUUCAAACAACCGCUUAUGAAAUUACUGCUGCUAAAGCACCUUCAUAUGAAGUGCCCAGACUUACAAUAUCACGACCUAUAACACCUUCAUAUGGAAUUUCUAAAUCUGCUGUAGCAUCGAAUGAGGUGUCUAGGCCUAAAACACCUUCAUACGAAUGUCUCAGGCCUAAAACACCUUCCUAUGGAAUCUCUCCAGCCACAGCGCCUUUGUGUGAACUACCCAGAGUAAAAACCCCUACUUAUCAAGUACCCACAGCUAAAACUCCAUUUCAUGAAGCCUCAAGACCCAAAACACCAUCUUAUGGAAUAUCUACUGCUACAACACCUUCAUAUGAAGUGCCUCUACCCAAAACACCUACUAAUCAAGUGUCAAGACCUAAGAUAUAUUAUUAUGGAACACAUACAGCUACAACAACUGCGCAUGAAGUAACCACACCUGAAACACCUUCUAAUAAUGUGGGAAGACCCAAAACACCCUCUUACGGAGCAACUACGGCUACACCUUCCCAGGAAAUACCUAGACCCAAAACACCUUCUAAAGAAGUCUCAAAACCUAAGACACAUUAUUUUGCAACAUCUACAGCUUCAACAACUUCAUAUGAACUAACCACACCUAAAACACCUUCCAAUGAUGUGGCAAGACCCAAAACACCCUCUUAUGAAGCACCUACAGCUACAACACCUUCCUAUGACAUCUCCAGACCCAAAACACCUUCUAUUAAAAUGCCCAGACCUACGCCAACUUCUUAUGGAAUAACUGCAGCUACAACAACUUCAUAUGAAGUACCUAAACCCAGAACACCUUCUAACACAGUGUCCAGCCCUAAAACAGCUUCUCAUGACGUUCUGAGAGCUAAAACACCAACACAUGACCUAGCUAGAGCUACAACUCCUACAUACGUCUUUGCUAGAGCUACAACUCCUACAAGUGUAAUUCCUUCUCUGUCAGACAAUCAGCAAGAAAAAACACCUGCAAUCGAAGCACCAAAACCCCAAACUCCCUCUCUUCAGAUGCAAAGAGUUAAAACCCCUGUGCCUGAAACUAAUACUGCUGCAGCCCUUGUCCCAGAAGAUUCCAAGUCAAUAAUCCCUGAGACUGAAGUCCAGCCUGUUCAUUCUUUGCACAAAAAGCCUCAAGCUGGAGAUGGACUUCAGCAGGAAACAGCAAAAGUCACAGAAACCAAGGCUGAUGUUACUAAGGAAAAAACUGCUGAGAAAGUUGCACCAGCAAGUUCUGAAAAAGACAAUCACCAAGCCAGCUCAUUUCCCAAAGCAGAGCCCUUGCUGAAAAUACCCCAGAAAGCAAAGCCACUGAAUUCCAAAUUCAGUGGCUGGUCCCGUCUCAAGAAGCAUCUUGUUGUGGAGCCUGAAGAGCCUAAAUUUCCAGAACCAGAGUCGCAACCUGAACCCAAGAAAGAGACGUUACAAACGAGAGAAAAGGAAAAUAAUAAAGAGAAGCCCUCACCAGGGGAAAACGAAAGCAAAAGUGAAAGCCAGGAUUUAGAGAAACACAAAGAUUCAAGGGCAACCAAGAUGUGGGAUGCAGUCCUCUUCAAUAUGUUUUCUGCCAAAGAACGUAUAAAGCAACAAAUUAACAACAAUACCAAGUCUGAACAAACAGAAACAAAACAAGAGGAAAGGAAAGAAUUUUCUUCACUCAUCUACAGGCUGCCUCUUCUCUUGUACAAACCACGAUUUGAUGCCAGAAAGUUAAAGGAAGCUGCUUCUAGGCCACUGGCAAAAAUCACUACUGUGUUUGAGAUGAGUCUGCUGAACCGCAAAAAUACAGAGGAAGAACCUAAAGACUUUAACAGAAUUGCUAAGGGUUGGGAAUUUAAAUAAUAACGAAGUAUAAGCUAACCAAUAGAUAAAAUAGCAAAUAUGUGACAAUGCAACUUUACAGCUGGAUAUUCACCUCUGAUAAAGUUAUAGCAGUUCCUUGCCUUUAUGAAUCAAAAUUUCUACUGUUUUUCUGUAAUUAAUAAGUGUUAGACAAGAUGUUUGGAGAAUUAAAAUAGGUGCCUGGAAAGCAAAUGACCCCUCGAGAUCACAUAAUAAUCAUACAUAAUGGUGAUUCCCUUCAAAGUGCACAAAAGUUAAAUGUCAAAUUAGUAUUGAAAGUAGUUUUUUUUCAAUAUCAAUUAAUUGCUACAAUGUAUCAGGGAGAAGGAUGAUUAAUCCUUAAGGUAAAAAAAAAACAAGACUGGAAGCUAGAUAUACUGCUCAAAGCUUUAUUUUAAAUAUGCUGGUGCAAAACUAACAAUAAAAAUCUGAAAAUUUUCAUUAAUGACUAAUGCACUGAUAUUUUACACUUAAAGUGAUCAUUUUCAUAGCAGUUUUAGUCUUUUCAAAAUUUCAGACAUAAGUUUGGGACUGAAGCAUAACAUAUCUUUAUUAAAUCUGGAACAAAUCUGUAAAGAACAAAUUCAUUUUUUGAUUCUUUUACAUAAAUCUGUACACAUAUAUUUGUGAAAACUAUGCUGUUUGAUUUUAUAUUUUUAAAGCUGUUUGCAAAAGGAAGGUUUUUAAGCACAUGUGUUUGAUGGCAUAACAAACCACACCACAUCAUACAAUGGUCUAGGAAAUUAUUCAGAGAUACAAGUUGAUCUGAAGGUCUAUAGUAAGUUAAACAAAAUAUUGGAAGCAGAAAACUGCUAUUUGCAUUGUCAACAACUCUGACAAAUUAAGGUUUAUUUCUAUAUAUUGAUUUAAAUUAUAACCAUGCUUGUGCAUUUUGGCAGCAGUUUUGGACAGCGUGUGCACAGUUUAAACUUAAAAAGUCACCAGGAUAUGAUGAUUGAAACAGAAAAUGAUGUACAAAGUGAAUCUAAACAAUAAUACAUGAGUUAAGAUAUUUCAUAAUCAUACCACUUUAAGCUCUGAAUUUAAUGUAUAUUUUAAUGCCCUGACUUAGCUAUACUUAGUAAUGUUAAUGAAAAUGCAAUAAUAUUUAUUUAAUCCAGUUUCCUUUUAGUAUUACUGUAGAGUUCAAUUUAUGAUGGUGUUUCAAAUGGGGUCUAGAUUAAUUUUAGUCUGUCUGUUACGAAUAUAAGUCAUUUGAUAGGGAUAUACUGCAUUUAGCUUUCAGUUGGCCCCAUUUAUCAAUACAUGCAUACAGUGAAUUCUGAGAAUGGUAUGUUUUUAAAAUGACAGCAUGGUAAUGGAGUGCAGGUUUGAAAAUCUGAGGUCAGAAAGUGUGACUGGUAACAGCAUUAAACCAAAGGGUGAAGGCUAUGUGUAGCAAUAUGUUAGAUGUGCAAGUGCUCAAGGAAAUUCAAUGACUGUUGUAUCAGCGCUGAGGAUGAGGCAUGACAAGCACAAAGUAAAAAGUAUUAUUUGAUCAAGGCUGGGUCUUGUCAGAUCCUGCCACAUGCAUCUGUAUACAGCCCAGACCUGGCUCCAAGUGACUGCUUUGUGCUCUGUGAAGAAGGUCCUGAGGAGAAGUCAGUUUGGAACCAAUGCCCAGAUAUUUCUGUUUCAUUACAAGGCAGUGAAAAGAUAGCAAAAGUGAUUUUAGAUGCAGGAAAAAAAUGUGAGGAAUUAUGAUCAGUAAAGGGCCAGGACAAGAGUUCAAUGCACAGGAAAGUGAGAGCAAAGUUAUUGAAGUAUUUUGUGUUAUAACUAUUCACUGGCUUUCAAUAGUAUUCAUUAAUCAUUUCAAGGGAAGUGCUGAAAACUAGAAAUUUACUCUUUAAGAGAAUAUUCUUUACAAAUAGUCAUAUUGCAAUUUUGGGACACCAGGUGGUGCCAAACACAUUUUAGAGCUGUGUUGCAAUUAGGUAUGUUUUUUGUAACAUCUCUUUGGUAGUUUAUAAAAGUGAAUUUAUCAUAUUCGUGUCCCUUAUUGAGGAAGCAUGAACAUUCCAAACAGAGGAACAACCUUUGUGCCAGGAAUGACCCUAGAGGUCAAGGUACAGCUUUCUCUCCCUUUCCUAGCUGGAGGCCAAUAGGCCUAGGAUCGCUUGGUUUACAUCAUGGGACAUCAGGGUUAUCUGAUGACACAUGUCCUCUCUCUAUAAACACACAAGGGAUUAAGCAGAUGAUGUUGGACACCACUCUGGUUUUUUCAAAACUAUGUAUGAACAAACCACAGACAAUCCAGAUCAAUACCUACAUUACCCAUGAAGUUGAUACAGUACUGCUAAAAGCAGGUUUUGAUAAAAGAGCAGUGUUGACUUUGAUGGAUAAAACAGAACUAAAAAAAAUAUAACUUUUUGUAUAAUAUUUAUGUCUAAUAUUAAUGUUUUGGCCUCACCCUACAUCUACUGUAUGUGAAUGUUUGAGGGGGAAGGUUUUUCAGCCUUGUAAAUGAUAAUUGUAGCAUAAUCAUUUUGUCUUGUACAUACAAAUGUAUACCUAGUGUUCUCUGCUUUAUGUAAUCAGUCUGAUUAAAUAUCUGUAUUGUAAUUUCUAGUACAAACAUACAUUAUAUGCAGCCUGUAUUUUUGUAACAUUUAAAAACCUGAUAGCUGCCAAUGUGUAUUAAUACAAAAGUAUAAUUAGUCUAUAGGGGGAGUUAUCCUAUGUGUUGGGUAAUUGAUACGCAUAAGUAUAUGAUUUUUAUUUUGGAUAAAAGUAGUUAUUCUAGUGUGGCUAAAGGGUGGUUCAAGGAUAGUUCCUGAUCGAGACCCUAAAAUCAACAUUAAUAACCAAUACAAUAAUAUGUAUUCCUAAAUUAAUAACAAUGUAAUGUUAUGGAUUAGACAGUGAUUUAAUUAUUGCUUUAUAUAAAUACGUUUUCUUUAAAACAGAGGGCUAUUGCCCUUAUAUAAAUAAAGUGUUUUGACAGCUGUCAUCACCUCAGGAUUCCCGUUCCUGAUCUCUCUAGGCUGCUGACCACUCGAGAGCAAUAUCCUGAACCAAAAGAUAACACACACACACACACACACACACACACA